GUUUGAGAGCACUGUGCAGGUUGGCAAACUGCAGGACCUUAUCAACCGAAGUAAGAUGGCGAGGUGUAGAGGACGAUUUGUUUGCCCAGUCAUUCUGUACAAGGGAAAGCAUAUUUGUAGAUCAGCAACGCUGGCCGGCUGGGGAGAGCUCUACGGGCGGACUGGCUACAACUAUAUCUUCUCAGGGGGUUCUGAUGAUGCUUGGGCAGAUGCAGAAGACAUUUCAGAGGAAGAUUCUGCACUUAGAAAUGCAGACUCCCAGUUGUUUGACAAGGUCAGAGGGCACGACAUCAAGCUGCUUCGAUACCUGUCUGUCCGAUAUAUCUGUGACCUGAUGGUGGAAAACAAGAAGGUGAAGUUUGGCUUGAAUGUGACGUCUUCUGAGAAGGUGGACAAAGCUCAACGUUACGCUGAUUUCACGCUUCUCUCCAUCCCAUAUCCAGGCUGUGAAUUUUUUAAGGAGUACAAAGACCGGGAUUAUACAGCUGAAGGUCUCAUAUUUAACUGGAAGCAGGAUUACGUAGAUGCUCCAUUGAGUAUCCCAGUCUCUCUGACCCAAUCUCUGAGUAUUGAUUGGAGCGAGUACCAGAGCUGGGACCUUGUGCAACAGACACAGAACUACCUGAAGCUGCUGAUCUCCAUCAUCAAUACUGAUGACGACAGCGGGCUCCUGGUGCACUGUAUAUCCGGCUGGGAUCGAACUCCUCUCUUCAUCUCCUUAUUGCGCCUCUCCUUAUGGGCUGAUGGACUGAUCCACACAUCCCUGGAGCCGUCUGAGAUUCUCUACCUGACAGUGGCCUAUGACUGGUUUCUGUUUGGGCACAUGUUAGUUGAUCGCCUCAGUAAAGGAGAAGAGAUUUUCUUUUUCUGCUUCAAUUUUCUGAAGCACAUCACCUCUGAGGAGUUCUCUGCUGUGAAGUCGCAGAGAAGGAAGAGUUUGCCCCCUGGCUUCACCCUGGAAGAGAUCUGCAUGCUCAAGCAGAGAGACCGAGGCAGCACCACAAGUCUGAGCAGCGACUUCUCCCUGGGGAUGGAAAGUUCCCCUGGAGCAGCUGGGAGCUUCACCUAUGAAGCAGUGGAGUUGAUGCCAGCAGGAGCACAGGCUCAAGCAGCAUGGAGGAAGAGCUGUGCAUCGUCACCACAAGCCGUGCUCUGGAGCAGGGCACAGCAGUCUGAAGACAGGCUGCCUUCCACAGGGAUGGUCGAAGUCAAGUCCUCCAGCUCCUCCUCAUCAACCCAUUCUGAUAACUUCCUGAGGAUUGGAAGCAGCCCACUGGAAGUGCCCAGAUCCAGAUCGGCGGACCAUUCUCUGCCCGGAUCUUCCGUUUCCACAGACUUUGGCAGCUGGCAGAUGGUGACAGGGUGUGGCAGUAUUCGGGAGCAGGCAAUCCUGAGCGCAGACGCCUCUCUCCCUUGCAGCUUCCCGGAUGAGUUCCCUAGCACUUGCCUGCUGGUGUCGGCGAGCGACCGCGAGUCCCGGCUGGAAGAAGUGCGUUCUGCCUUU